AUGAGCCGGCAACAAAUUGACAGCCAAGUUUCUUUGAAUCAGCCUAUGCAAAUCCGAAUGACCUAUGCUCGCUUGGUCAUGAUACACUACUACAAGAAUAAACAAGACAACGACUCUCAGUGGACUGCAAUCGAUGACCGAUUACGAGUCCUCCGAGCUUCUUCAAAAGAAUUUCAACAAGUAACCAUUCCUUCUUCUCCCAACUUCAGCCAUGCACAGCUUGUGAUGGACAAAGACGACCAGCUUUUUUCGCACAAGAGGCACAUCAACCAAAUUACUAAGGAUGAGUGUGUUGUGCCCACUCUCGAUGACGUGCAAGCUGCAAUGGCUGCUGGGAUGGUGGUGAACCAUUCCACUUGA